CGGUGGCGGUGGCGGCGGCACAGCGCCGGUAGUGGAGCCGCCGAGGAGGGUCACGCAGCACAAUGCCAGCUCUGCCCUUGGACCAACUUCAGAUCACCCACACGGACCUGAAGACAGGAAAACUGAGGACUUCCCCAGCGCUGCACCCCGAGCAGAAGGCAGACCGGUAUUUUGUGUUAUACAAACCGCCCCCUAAAGACAACAUUCCCGCCCUAGUGGAGGAGUACCUGGAACGCGCCACCUUCGUAGCCAAUGACCUCGACUGGCUCCUGGCCUUGCCUCACGAUAAAUUCUGGUGCCAGGUUAUCUUCGAUGAAACCCUGCAGAAGUGCCUGGACUCCUAUCUGCGCUAUGUCCCCCGAAAGUUCGAUGAGUGGGUGGCCCCGGCCCCUGAGGUUGUUGACAUGCAGAAACGCCUCCAUCGAAGUGUUUUCCUCACUUUCCUCCGCAUGUCCACUCACAAGGAAUCCAAAGAUCACUUCAUUUCCCCCUCUGCGUUUGGAGAAAUCCUCUACAAUAACUUCUUGUUUGACAUCCCAAAGAUCCUGGACCUCUGCGUGCUCUUUGGAAAAGGCAACUCGCCUUUGCUCCAGAAGAUGAUAGGAAACAUCUUUACGCAGCAGCCCAGUUACUAUAAUGACCUGGAUGAAACCAUGCCCACCAUCCUUCAGGUUUUCAGCAAUAUCCUCCAGCACUGUGGUUUGCAAGGGGACGGGGCCAGCGCCACACCCCAGAAGCUCGAGGAGAGGGGCCGGUUGACCCCCAGCGACAUGCCUCUCCUGGAAUUAAAAGACAUUGUUCUCUACCUUUGUGAUACCUGCACAACGCUCUGGGCCUUUCUGGAUAUCUUCCCCUUGGCUUGCCAAACCUUCCAGAAACACGACUUCUGUUACAGACUAGCUUCCUUUUAUGAAAUCGCAAUUCCUGAACUGGAGUCCGCAAUGAAGAAGAGGAGGCUUGAAGACAGCAAGCUGCUAGGGGACCUGUGGCAGAGGCUGUCCCAUUCUAGGAAGAAGCUACUGGAGAUUUUUCACAUCCUCAUAAACCAGAUCUGCCUUCUCCCUGUCCUGGAAAGCAGCUGUGACAACAUUCAGGGCUUCAUUGAAGAGUUCCUUCAGAUCUUCAGCUCCUUGCUGCAGGAGAAGAGGUUCCUCCGGGACUACGAUGCACUCUUCCCUGUGGCCGAUGAUGUCAGCUUGCUCCAGCAGGCUUCCGCAGUCUUGGACGAAACGCGGACUGCCUACAUCCUCCAGGCCGUCGAGGGUGCAUGGGAAGGGGUGGACCGACGGAAAGCCACAGAUGCUAAAGACCCGCCAGCGGCUGAGGAUCCUAAUGGGGUCAUUGCGCUGGCAGACGCCAUUGGGGGACCGUCCUCACGUCUGGAAAACUCAGAGGAAGGCGAGUGCAUGGGGGCAGCAGCUGCCCUGGGCCCUCCCGUAGGUGGUGUGGAACUAGACUCGCUCAUCUCCCAAGUGAAGGACCUGCUGCCGGACCUCGGUGAGGGCUUCAUUCUGGCCUGCCUGGAGCACUACGGCUAUGACCCGGAGCAGGUGAUCAACAACUUCCUGGAGGAGCAGCUGGCCCCCGCCCUCAGCCAGCUGGACCGCAGACUAGACAGGCAAGUGAAGCCAGACCCGACUCCCCUGCUGACAUCUCGUCACAACGUCUUCCAGAAUGACGAGUUUGACGUGUUCAGCAGAGACUCAGUGGACCUGAGCCGGGUGCACAAGGGCAGGAGCACAAGGCAGGAGGAGAACACGCGGAGCCUGCUGAACGACAAGCGGGAGGUGGUGGCUCAGCGGCAGCGCUAUGAGCAGUACAGCGUGGUGGUGGAGGAGGUACCCCUGCAGCCUGGCGAGGGCCUGCCCUACCGCGGCGACGACUAUGAGGAUGAGUACGAUGACACCUACGAUGGCAACCAGGUGGGCGCUAAUGAUGCGGACUCAGAUGAUGAGCUCAUCAGCCGCAGGCCCUUCACCAUCCCUCAGGUGCUGAGAACCAAAGUGCCCGGAGAAGGGCAGGAAGAGGAGGAGGAGGAGGAGGAGGAGGAGGCUGAGGAUGAGGCCCCCAAGCCCGAUCAUUUUGUGCAGGACCCUGCGGUGCUGCGGGAGAGGGCAGAAGCCAGGCGGAUGGCCUUCCUCGCCAGGAAGGGGUACAGGCAUGACAGCUCGACGGCAGUGGCCGGCAGCCCCCGGGGCCACGGGCAGACCCGUGAGACAACCCAGGAACGCAGGAAGAAGGAAGCCAACAAGGCAACGCGAGCCAACCACAACCGGAGAACCAUGGCUGACCGCAAAAGAAGCAAAGGCAUGAUUCCAUCCUGAGGCCGCCCUGUCAGGCCCAGCUGGGAGGGGGCAGCAGCAGACCUGCCAGGCUGAGUUACUACAGCCUCGGGUCUCCUCACCUGUUGGCCUCCUGCUGGGGCCCCAAGUUCAACUCCAACCCCUCAACAGCCUCAGCUUCGCAGCCCCUGAGAAGGCCGCCUCGUCGUCCACCAGCCAGCCGUGAGCGCCUUCUUGCAGAACACACAGUGCCUUAUCCCACAGUGGAGGAGCCCCUGGGCCCAGCGAGCAGGCGAAAGGGAUGGGGACAGAGCCCUAAGGCAAGCCUCACAGACCUCAUGCAACAAGACACCACUUCUCUUGGUGGUUUCCUUCCCGGAUGGCAGGAAACCUGUAGAUUCAAAAACAAAAACAGAAAAGGCCUGCAAAUAAAGUUUUUGACCCUUUCAAGCAAUGAUCCAUGAGUGCCCCCAGCCUCCUUCCCCUGUAUCCCAUUCUUCAGUGACAGCCACCAUCAGGAGAGUGAGAGAGCAAGGUGAUCGCCUGCUCUGUUCAUCAGCCUGGCAUGCUUGCCUCUUGUUUUAACCCCUCCUGAGGUUGCCCUGCUUUGUCUGUCCCUGAGCACAUUACUCCCUCCUCUGAACCUCUAGUCCCUGCUUGUGGAAAGAAGAGAUGAAGGUGUGAGGCCCUCUGGUCCCCUCCAUGCUCUCGUUCAGUCCCUGCAACCUCCACCCCUAGAGGGAGGGAGUAUUUCCAGCCCUGUGGUGUAGGUGAGGCGCUGAGAGCUGGAGGUGCCUGCCCAGGCAACAGGCAGGGGGGUUGGGGGAAGAACAAGGAUCAGACCCUCAGUCUGACCCCUGGCCUUUAUAGAGUCCUAGACUCCCAUAGGUGGUGUCAUUGCCAUCUCACAGCUGGCCCGAGGACACUUGUCCAGUAGCAAAGCCAAUACCAGAAGUCAGAUCCUCCAGAGUCAAGGAGUCAGAGACCAGAAGACGCCUGUGAAGAAGGUCCGUGCCAAGCCCUGUUGAAGGACUUGGGCCUAGUUCCUCAAAACCCCACCCGGGUGUGGUCAGUCGGUUGAUAGUGUGACAGCAGGUGCCAGGCAUCCCGAUUCCUGGUCUCCCCUCACCCCCAGAUUGUUGCUGAUCAACAGAGGAUCGAGUGUGCGGUAUUUGCCGGCCUGAUCCUCCCCAGCCCGGCCUGGAGUCCAUCCAUGGGAGCCGGGGCCCCUGCCCAGCUGGACCUUGACAAAUCACCCGAGAUGCUUGUGUAAUUUAUUUGCACGUGGUUUGGAUGAGUGUCCGGAGCAGUGAGGCAGACAGGCACUUGACGAAUUGGUUUUGUUAGGUCAGCCGCACAAGUGAAAAUCAAUAGCAAUUCCUCUGAGUCACACCAGUUCUCUUGUUGCAUUUGAGAUGCAGACCAGAGAGGGGAGCGGUGUCUUCCCCUCCAACUGCUGAAUUAGCUGAGAUCGGGCUCAGGGUCAGCCACUCUGACAGGCAGCAGGAAGACUCUGUUUCCUCCCAGAGGCCUUUGCCAGGGGACCACACAGGUGAGGGUCAUUUCUUUAUUGUCUCCCUGAGCUCCUCAGACCCAGCUCUUGGCGCUGGAGCAAGGCGAGGUAAAUUGGGGGAGCCCUGGGCUUUACCCACCUUACCUGUUACUGUUCACACACCCCUUCUCGCCUUCAUUUUGUCAUACGUACCUCCUGACCUCUGGGAGCGGCGUUCAGGCCUCACCUUGGCAUCCCGGUCUAAAGGAUUAGAGAAGACAAACGAUUUUUCAAACUUUCCAGAAUGUACUGCCAGGCCAAACUUGAUCACCCUUGAAGAACUAUUCUUCCUCAUUGCAGAUCUUGAGGGCUCCCCCUUCAGGGAUGCUUUGCAAACACCUCACGCAGGAGUCCUCCAGAGCAGUGCUGGCAAGCACAACCCUUCGCCUCUCAGGGCCUCAGUUUUCCCAUCUGCAAAGUGGGUACAUUGGGCCAGGUGAAUGGUUUCCACUUGGUGCCAAUUAAAUCCUCUGAGGAGGCCCCAAGGUUUAAGAUGGGCAAUGGCAAAAGUGUUACAAGUGAAGUAGGGUAGGAGCCCCAUACCCUGCUCAUUUGAUCCCUGGGCCCCACCACCCCACCGCUGCUCCUAAGCAGGAAUUUCCAAGUGCCUUCUCUGCACCCUGUUAGAGAACACAGCUAUCACAGGCAUUUCCCAGGAAGCUUUUACGACCCAGUGCCUCCAAGAGGACUUAGGAUUUUGAGUGCCAUUAUUUCUAGCUCAAGAGGGGCACUGAUGGCAAAUAUGUCUGUCUGAACAGGGCUUCUGGACCUCUGUGAGGUGGGGAGGGCAAGGCAGGGCCUGUCAUUGAUUUAAAAAAAAGGGACCCGGGAGCCCAAGGAGGCAAGUUAGCAGUGGAGCCUGGAUGCAGGUCGGUCCUUAGCCCCAGGUGCAGUCUGGAAAAGGAAACGAUUAGCAGGAGCCUGCCUGUCCCUGUCACACCGGGAGCUUGGGUUGAAUAAUGCAUAAUGCAGAGAGGGAGACCCAAGAACCACAAACAAAAAUAAACCCACCAAAAAUGCAGGGGGUGGUUGUGGAGCCCCCUACUUUAAAAUGAUGUCAAUGAACACUUGGUAGCAAUGUGAGAAACAAAAUAUUGAAGAGUAAGUUUGUUGGUGGUAAUGGUGUUUUUUAAGAGAAUGAACUGGAUGGUAAUGCUCCACGAUUGUGAAAAUAUUUUUGGAAAACUUCGUGUACAGACUAAGUCUGGAAAGCAAUGUGCAUAAAUGAAAAUGACAGUAAGACCAUGAUAUUUGUAAUGAGAAUAAAAGCGCUUACCGAGUA